AUAUUUAAUUCAAAACACGUGUGAAACAUAAACAAAUUAAACUGCGAGUAAAAUGAAGAAAAAGCCGGAGGAAAUUGUUACAGAUGACGAUGAGAGCACUGAAGAGGAGUCCGCAGAGUCCGACAAUGAAGACGAACUGGAUUUAGCCGCCAGCGCAACAGAAUCCGAUGAAGACGAGACUGACGAAGACGAGAGUGGUGAGGAAGAUGAUGAGAGCGACACUGAGACACCUAAGACGAAGGCGGAUCUCAUCGAGGAACAAAUUCACAAUAAAUAUGAACAGUUAAAGGGAACACGUUUGUAUGUACGCUUUCCACAAAAGCUGCCACUAGACGAACAGGAAUUUGAGAAGAAGGUGAAAGCACUGCAUCCUCUCAUCGCGAAGGCCGCGAAACCACGCCAGAAGCACGCGCGGUUCUGUCUCGCAGAAUUCGGCUCCAAAGCAGAUCGAGAUACGGCCUUGACGGACAUCAAGGCAGCCAUCGAAAAGGAUGAAGCUUUCAAGGGUAUAUUUGUAUCACUGCCAAAGACAGAUUCCGAAGAUUUUGUCAAUGAGCUGGUAGCACGCAAGCAGCAAUCGCUGGAGAAGAAAAAAUCCAAAUCCAUAAUGAAGCGUGCAACUAAGAAGGUGCAACGCAAAGAGACCUUCACUUCAUCCGUUCUUAUCAGCAACUUACCCAAGACAACAUCAGUGGCACAGGUGCGCAAGCUCUUUGAGAAUGCAGUGGACAUUCAAAUCAAGCCCGGCAAGGGAAAAUUCCGUGAGUUUAAUGCUGCAACUGUUACCAUGCCCACUACAUAUGAGGCACGCAAUGCAAUUAAGCAAAAUCUAACCAUUGACGGCAAGAAGCUGUUGCUACGCUUCAACACAAAGCAGAAACGUCGACCAAACAAAAAUGUUAAGCGCAAGGCGACUGACGAAGAGACUCUCAAGGUGCCCAAGUACAAGAAGACGAAAAAAGCCAUUACUGUCUAGUGCGUACUUAGGGAAUAUAAAUAGUUUUGCAGAGGAGCUGAAUAAAGAUUGUUUGACUAAGUAAUGUUAACGUGCAUUUAUUUGUUAGAAGGCAAAAUCAUACAUAUUAUGUAUGUAUAUCG